AUGCCGAACUCUCCAAAACGCAAGGCCGACGCCGACGAAGACGUGUCAAGUAAGAAGUCUCGCACCAACGAAGAAGCAGGCAACGAGGGACCAUCACACUCCAGCGCAACGCCAGAUUCGUUGAUCAACCACACGGCCGCGAUCGCGUAUUGGUCAAGCACACCUGCCACUGUCGAUGGAGUGCUGGGCGGCUAUCCUCAGGUCAGUCGCGUCGAUCUGCAAGGCUCGGCAAACUUCCUAGCCAAGCUACGACGACAGUCAAAGACCUACCCAUUGAGCGCUGGCAAAUUGCAACGAGUAGCCGACUGCGGUGCAGGCAUUGGCAGGAUCACAACAAGCUUCCUGAGCAAGGUUGCAGAGACUGUCGACAUUGUGGAGCCUGUGGUCUCCUUCACAGAUCAGGUCAAGAAUGAGCCUUGUGUUGGACAGGUAUACAACGUGGGAUUGGAGCAGUGGCAUCCAGAGCACCAGUACGAUGUGAUAUGGAACCAAUGGUGCGUGGGACAAUUGACAGACGCGCAAUUGGUUGAGUACCUGCAACACAUACAGUCGUACGUCAAACCAGGGGGCUGGAUCAUCGUUAAAGAGAACCUGAGCAACACCAUCCUUGGAGAGGACGUCUACGAUGAGACCGACAGCAGCGUUACAAGGACAGACGACAAGUUCAGGAAGCUGUUCGAGGAUGCAAAGCUGCGUCUCAUCAGCACCGAGCUUCAGAAAGGAUUCCCGAAAGACCUUUAUCCUGUCCGAGUGUACGCUUUGCAGCCGAAAUGA